CACUGUACUUUACAGGGCGUGGAUAAUGAUAAAAAGUCACAACUAAGAUCAAACGUACUUAGUGUUUUCAGCCGGGCUUCCGCGAACCCCGCACGAUUUAUUUUGAUCGUCUCCCGCCCCGUGGGGUAAAUAACACUAUUUUUGAAUAGGUAUUCGAAUGAUUAGAUUUUACAACUUAACAGUGCGGAGUGGUGUGAAAGUGUAGUUAAUAGUUUUUAAUAAAUGAAAAUUAGGAUAAUUGCUGGUUCUAAUUAGUUUUUUUUUUUGACAUGGGGUGUGAAAUUGAACAAAUGUAUUUGGAUCUUAAUUCUUUGCUAGAAGAUAUAUGCAAAUUUUUGUCCGGGGACAAGUUGGGAAAAUUGUCUUAUAAGGACCAGAGGUUGGCAGAAUCCUUGAUCACUAGGUCUAAGAAACAGCUGCAAGAUAUAGCAAAAAUACAACCAACUUUACAGUGCAAUGAAGAUUAUGUCAUAAUGAACAGUCAAGGUACACAUCUAGUUUUAGUAAAGGAUGAAGAAGAAAAAAGUGAUAUUUAUUCUUCUGUAGAUGAUGUCAAUUUAAAACCGGAAUCUCCAAUUAUAGAGGAAGAGAAGCCAAACCCAUACUCAGAUUUGCCUGCUAAAUACGCAUCACAAAGUGUAAAAUAUGGAAUAAUGUCGAUGAAGAGAAGAUUUUUAUUAGGUUUUGAAGUAAUGAAAAGAAUUUACGCAAGUAUACACAAAGGCUGGUUACUUAUCUACACUUCCGAAAGAGAUAUGAAACCGUUAUUCGCCUUUGACCUAAAAAAAUUUGAAGCCAAAGAACCCGAAGGAGAGGAAAAAAGUAAUUUUGAACUGAUUAGUACCAUAAGUGAAAAAAAAGUGUACCAAUUUUUAGCACUAACUCAUAAAGAUAUGUUACAAUGGACGGUACAGAUUAAUAGAUACCAAGGCAAGAUAAUAAGAGGAAAAAGUAUUGAUGAUUUGAUCAUUUCAGACACAAUUUCUGAAAUAAAAUACAGUAACGAUGAAUUAGACAGCUGCAGUGAUGACGAAGACCGUAUAUACGAAGAACUAGUAACUGUAAAAACGCCAAAAAAGAAAGCAGAACAAAACACAUCACCAAAAAACGUGAUAAAAAGGCCACCCCUACCUCCAUCUCGUAUAUCGUCGAACAAAAUCAAAGGACCUAUUAAAGUACCUCCACCAGUUGUAAAACAAAUAUCAGUCUCAACAACCAAUUCAUCGGAUGGUUCCUUGGCUUCGUAUCAUGAAAUUCACACAACACAGUUGGAUUCUAGAGAUAUGAUCAAAUCUAAUAGCAAUUCAACUAAAAGUUUUGAUGAUUCGUUUUCAGAUGAUAGCACUGACUCCACUUAUGAAACUUUCGCAAAUGUUCAGAAAUGUAUGGCCUCGAAUCAAAGUGAAAGUUUUUGUAGCCAGGAGAAUGAAAAGAGAGGAUCUUUUCUGCCAGUUAAAAAGAAAAGCUCUUACUGAUGUAUAAAACUUAUUACCUACAUAUGGCACUUUCAAAUGGUUUAAAUUUAUUUAUAUAUGAAAUGAUCCACAAAAAAUAUUUUUAAGUAUGCUUUGGAAAAAUUCACUUGUGCCAGUUUGGAUUUAAUUCAGAAGCGCGCGUUGUUAUCACGGAUAUGACUCGUAUCACUGGCCUACUUUAGAAACAUUUUUUGUAGAUCACUCUUUAUAAUUGUCGAUCUUAGAAAUACUAUAAUACGUUUCGCUAAUAAUACCAGGGUAUUAUACUGGUACGCAUUUAUAAAAAAGUUUUCCCAAAAUAUUUAAACCAUAUUUGUACAUAAACAGCUGUUAUUAUUUUUAUUAUUAUUAAACAUAAACGUGUAUGUUAUGUAAAUAAAAUCCAACACACUUUAGCACAAAAAUCCCCACAAAAAUAAUUUUAAUUAUGAUUCUUAAUUAAGAGGAAAA